UGUUUCCGGCCACCUCAGCGGGAAGUGGAGACGUAAGGAGCUGGAUCUUGGGGCACUAACGUAGAGAUAGAACUGUAGUAGCGACGGAAGAAGUCAACCCUGCGGGCCAGUGCCGGGUCCCUGUAACCUGUGAAGAUGUUGUUGCUCACGAUGAUCGCCCGAGUGGCGGACGGGCUCCCGCUGGCCGCCUCGAUACAGGAGGACGAACAGUCUGUCCGAGAUCUUCAAAAGUACCAGAGUCAGGCUAAGCAACUCUUUCGAAAGCUGAAUGAGCAGUCCCCUACCAGAUGUACCUUGGAAGCUGGCACCAUGACUUUUCACUACAUUAUUGAGCAAGGGGUGUGUUAUUUGGUUUUGUGUGAAGCUACCUUCCCUAAGAAGUUGGCUUUUGCCUACCUAGAAGAUUUGCACUCAGAGUUUGAUGAACAGUAUGGAAAGAAGGUGCCCACUGUGUCUAGACCCUAUUGCUUUAUUGAGUUUGAGACCUACAUUCAGAAAACCAAGAAGCUCUACAUCGACAGCCGUGCUCGGAGAAACCUAGGCUCCAUCAACACUGAAUUGCAAGAUGUGCAGAGGCUUAUGGUGGCCAACAUUGAAGAAGUGUUACAACGGGGAGAAGCACUGUCAGCAUUGGAUUCAAAGGCUAACAAUUUGUCCAGUCUGUCCAAGAAAUACCGCCAGGAUGCGAAGUACUUGAACAUGCGGUCCACUUAUGCCAAACUUGCAGCAGUAGCUGUGUUCUUCAUCAUGCUAAUAGUCUAUGUGCGAUUCUGGUGGCUGUGAAGUAGUGACUCCGUUCACUGACAACGGAGAACCUAGAACCCGACAGGUGUAUGUUUUCAGGAAGCUGAGCUCACAGAGAUGCAUAUUAGAAUCCAAGUGGAACUUCUAAGGACCUUGCAAGAAAAGGCAUAUCCUGAAAAGGAAAGAUUACACCUCAUUUAAUAAAGCUUAACCCUCUGUAGAAAGUCUCUUUUGGGGGCAGAGGCUUUCUCUGGGUGCUAAGCCAUAUAUAUAUACAUAUAUAUAUGUAUAUGUUAGGGAACAGUAGAUUGUUUUGUUUUUUUCUCUCCCAGUUGUUUUACAUUUUUAAAACAGCACUGACUGGGGCAUUCUCAUUCUCGAACGGAGCCAUCAGUGAGAUUUAACUGAACCAACCUGUGCCAGCAGCAGUUGGAAAUUCCUUCAGAGAAGGCAGUCCUUUGGAAAGGUUUUUGAUUCUAUCUAAUCAACAUUCCUUUUGUUGGUGACAUUUGUGAUUUUCAGUAAUCUGAGUUUUUUGAUGGCCUUUUAAAUAAGACUCCAGUAUGUGAAGGUUAAUUGCUGUGCUGCAAAGAUCCUGUCUGUUGGCCCCUGUAGCAAGUUAACCUUUGGUGUAUCUUCCUUUUGUAUUUUGCUUAUUGCACAAUUGCUUUAUGGUUAAACGAAUUAUAAUAGGAUGCCUUGAAAUCAAUAUUAUAGCACUCCUUGAUUAAGAAGCUAAAAUGUUUUCUGUCAUUUAUUCCUUACAAGACUUAAAUUGUUUGGGACAUUCUUAAAUUUAUUUUUCAGCGUCCAGUUUUAUAUUAAUAGGAGUGAGCAUAGCAUACAUAUAGCCCGAGGCUCCUGACUUAAUGAGAACGGCCCAGCUCAUAACUACAGCUUUAUCCUGCCCCUUUCUCACUUUCUCUGCUACAGUUUUCCCACUGUCUUUUCCUCUUGCCACACUUUGUUAGCAUUUUUUAAAAUUCUUCUGUGCCCAAUAGUUUCAUGUCCCAUAAGCGUCCUGUCAGGACAGUCUCAAAUUUAAAAAUGGAAAGUGUCCAGCUGUGUAGUUAAUUAAAUUUAAGUUUUUGCGGAGUGACUACCCAAACUACUAAAUAUAUUUAUCCGAAAAAGUCUCUGAGAGCACCUCACACCUGCUUCAGUUUAUAUAAAUUCUCUGAGAUUCAUCUACAGCUACGUAACUCAUUUAUAGUGGCUUUUAUUAACAAAUAAAAGUACCUAUGAUUUUUCCCUUUUUUUGCUCAGGGAUAAUGGGGAUUUCCUUUUACCUUCUGAGAUAGAAUUUUUUAAACGGGAGAGUAGGCCUUUUCAAUAUUGUCACAAGGAUCUGCAGUGUAACCUAUAACUCCUACAAAUACUGCAAAUACUUCUUUAAAUUGUAGAGGAAAACGAGCCAACUUCUUACUUCUUAACAUCUUUGGAAAGAACUUUAACCAGUAAGUAAUUUUAUAACUAUGGGGUCAUCAAAGCUACUGUCCUGAUUACUGAUAAAGAAAAAAUUCUAUUUCCUUGUAACAAGGCAAGGAGAAAUGCUUAUUUUAUUCCUGGUAAUUUCCAGAACUAGAUAAAAAAUUUUUUUCUUCCCAUUUUGGACUGAAAUCUGCCAAUUGGCAUUUUGUGCACGAAAUAUGAAGUUACUUUUUUUUUUUAAUAGAAAAUAAGUUCUUUUAAGUCCUUGAAAGGCUUGUCCCUAAGUAACGAUGUUGGUAAUAAAAGCCUUUGAAAGUCUGAAAAGCUAAGUAGUGGUACCAAAGCAUUUGGUGCUUCUGUAGGGGUGGAGAGUGGCAGCUCGUUGUUGAGAGUUGCAUGCUGUAACCAAGUGGUCAGCAGUGAAAUAAAUACUUCUAGAAUGUUCCCUGCAGUGUGAAGUUUUGUUAUCUAGAUUAUUUAUGUACUUAUAACUUUCUAGGUAUAUUUCUAUGUAAACUCAGUGGGUUAAUUUAAAAAAUGAGAAGAGGGGUUAUAGAAUGACAAACAAAGGAGUUAUAAAAAAUGUUUAAGAUUACGAUGGUAAAAAAAAGAACAAGACUGUCAUAAUGUUGUUCCCUCUCCUGUUCUUUAUUGGAAGUGGUGGGAAGGAAAGAUCUGACCAGAUGAAAUGUACCAGUAACCAAACAGUGUAGUGUACAGGGUUACUAGGGGCACAUUGAGGAAAGACACCUAAUUUACUUUGUGGAGUGUGGUAAGAAGAGGAGAAUGGGAUAGUCUAGAUAGAGGCAAAGGCUUAUACAAACUCAUGAGUUAAAAGAAUAAGGCUGGUUCAACGGUCCUAGUAGGAUAAGUGUGGACAAUGGAGACAGGAAGAAGAACUAGACAGGUCCACUGUCAUAAGGGAUUGUCUACUAUGCUAAGGAGCAUAGACUACCACUAAUGUCACGGGCAAGAGAUGACAUCAGAUUUAUAGUUUCAAAUUCUGGCCAUAGUGUAAAAGUUAGUAUUAGAGAGGGAUAAGCCUAGAAGUAGGAAAGUGAAACUAUGGAGCCAUCAGAGGUAAAAUGAGACAUAGGAGACAGGCUUCAAAUGACUUUCAAGAAAGGAGUUACCCCAGGUACCAUAUAAUAACAUACAUAAUGCUUUAUUUACUGGGAGCUAAUUUAAUUUUUACAUUGAAGUAAGGUUCACACAAUGUGAGUGAAGGAACUUUUUACAAAGGAUACUACUCUGAGGCACAGAGAGUUAAUUUGCUCAAAGUUGCUGAGCUAGCAAGUGGUCGGAGCUGUGAUUUGAACAGUUUGGCUCCAGAGUCUGCUUUCUCCAUUAUACACCACCACCAAGUGGCCAGAUAAGGACCAAAGAAUAUUUUGAAUUGAGCAAUUAGAACUUCAUCAUACAGACAGAAGUAAUUCCAGAGAAUGGGGACAGAAGUCAGGUCGCAGUGGGUUGAGCAUCAUGUGAAUUACUAGGGAGAACUACUCUUAUAAGCAGUUUUUCUGGUUACAACACUGAACUUCCCAAGAUGCUUAUUAAAUUAAGAAAUCUCACCAAUGUUAAAAUACAGCAAUAUUUGGCAGAUUGUACAUCUGUUCAUUUAAAUGUCAAACUGAUUCUUAAGCUUUUUGAAAGGACUUUGAAAAUCUGAUAAAAGGUAUGUGCCUUUACCCGAGAAAAACAUUCAUAUGUACAUGUGUACUGAAUAUCUCUUACUAUGUCAGAGAAUUCAAGAACUCCAUAAAGCCUGCUCAUAACCCAGUAAUCCUCCAGUUAAAAACCCCAGAUUGUAGAAUGUGGAACUCAAAGGUAAGUACCCAAAAGCCUUGGAAUCUGUCCAGCUCUGGUGAAUUGGAAGAAUUCUGUAGUUUGAAUUAACUUUGUGGAUGAGAUGCACUCCUGAAAGAUGGUGUACAAAAAAAAAAAAUUCUAUCAAUAUUUUCGUGUAGUGCAUUUUAGGGAGCUGGUUAUACAGAAAAACAUUUGGGUCUCAGUUCCACAAAAUCAUGGUUAAGGAUCUUAAAUUUUUUCUACUUUUAUCAGUAGGAAGUCUAGCAAAAGUAAGUUAAGACAAAUAGAUAAUUAUUUCUGCACACGCAAUGUUUAAUACUACAUGUAUAAGAAAACAUCUCAUGAUUUCCCAUCUUAUUGGGAGUUUAUAUGAUCAAAGGCUUGAAUGUUGGUGGCCACGCAAUUAAGGCUUUUUGGUUAAUGUAUUUAGCAAAACUAUUGAACCCUCCCCUGCUUGUCUUCAAACAGCUCAGCAAAAAGGUGUAAAGUGCCAUAGGUAUAUAGAUGUUACUACAAUAAUUGCAAAUAAGCUUAUUGGACCAAGUAGCUUGUACUGUAAAGGUCUCUAAAGAAAAUAUGUAGCAUGUUACACAGUUUGAGAUAGAAUGGGCAAAUGAGUCUCAACUCCUUCCUUAUUACAGUGAAGGCUGAUGCAACAGUAUAAAACUAGAGAAGUGUAAUCACUCAGUUGUAAUAAAGUUUGUUUCAAGUGCUGUAACCGAAUCCAUGUUUUAGAUUAGAAAAACUUGGAAAUUUGACUUUCGUGUACUAGUCAACAACAUUCAAUUUUUUUCUUCUAUAACCUUCAUUUACUGAGCACUGCAUAUUAGACAUGUUGCACAUAUUAUUACAGUCCUCAUAACCAUUUUCCCUGCUUGCCCAAGGUCACAGC